UUCAUGGCACUGGGAAUACUGCUUUGGAGAGAGGUAUGCGCACAAAUACGAUAUUCUCUUUCUGAGGAGCAAAAAGAAGGAUCUGUGGUCGGGAACCUUGCGAAGGAUUUAGGUCUCGAUACCAGAACGUUAAAGGAGAGAGGAUUUCGGAUCGUUUCAACCUCAGGCGACUCGCUGUUCACGGUAAAUCAGAAAGACGGGAUUUUAAGUGUAAAUGGGAAAAUAGAUCGCGAGGAGGUGUGCGAGAGAAGCGGCUCGUGUGUCAUCAAUCUAAAAAUCGCACUAGAAAACCCUUUAGAGAUCCACUAUGUGUCGAUCGAAAUUGUGGACGUCAAUGAUCAUGCCCCGACAUUCCCGGAAAAAGAAAAGCGGUUGGAAAUAUCGGAAUCAGCCCUACCUGGAGCUCGGUUUCAGUUACAGGCGGCGCGGGAUCCCGAUGGCAGAAUGAACUCUGUUCAACAAUAUAAACUCAGUCAUAAUGAUAAUUUCCGCAUAGAGGUUAAAGAUCGCGGAGAAGAUCGCAAAAUGCCCUUUUUAAUUCUUCAAAAGCCUUUAGAUAGAGAAACAAGCCGUAGACACAAGCUAGUCCUCACUGCGCUUGAUGGAGGGCGACCCCCAAAGUCUGGGACAAUGGAUAUAAUAGUUGACGUUUUAGAUGUUAAUGACAAUAUGCCAGUUUUCACACAAGAAGUUUACUCUGUAACGCUUCACGAAAAUGUCCCUGUGGGCACAACUGUUAUACAGGUUAAUGCUACUGACAUGGAUGAUGGUCCAAAUGGAGAAGUUUUUUAUUCGUUUGGAAAGGAUAUAGACAGUAGGCUAAUACAUCUUUUUGAUUUAAACUCCAGGACUGGAGAAAUUACUAUAAUCGGUCAAAUAGAUUUUGAAGAGAUGAAUAACUUUGAAAUAGAUAUCCAAGCAUCAGACAAAGGAAGUGCUCCUCUCACAUCAGAUAAGAGUAUAACCAUAAAAAUAAUUGAUGUAAAUGACAAUGGGCCCGAGAUAGAAGUCACAUCAUUUUCAAGUGCAGUGCCUGAAGACUCUAAAAUUGGAACUACAGUGGCUUUAAUCAGCGUCAGUGAUUUGGACUCUGGUGUAAAUGGAAAAGUGUUGUGCUACAUAACUGAAGAAGCACCUUUCAGGCUAACAGCAUCAUCCCAAGAUAACAUUUACGCACUGGUUACAGCCUCAUCUCUUGAUAGAGAAACUGUGCCUCGCUAUGACAUCACGUUAGUAGCCAAAGAUGCUGGGCAGCCACAUUUGUCUUCAUUUAAAACUAUAACUGUGCAGAUAUCGGAUGUAAAUGACAAUAGUCCAGCAUUUUCACUUUCACCCUAUGCUUUUUAUGUGAUGGAAAACAAUAUUCCAGGAAAAUCUUUGUUUUCUGUGUCUGCUUCUGAUCGUGACUUAGAUGAAAAUGCUGUUGUACACUAUAACAUUUGGAGAGACCCUGGAGAUGAAAACAAGUAUGCAUCUUUCAUUAAUAUUAACUCUGAAAAUGGAGAGAUUUAUGCACUAAAGAGCUUUGACUUUGAAAAAAUGAUAAUCCCCCUCAGAUAG